AGUUUUAGGUUCACAGCAAGACUGAGGGGAAGGUACAGAGAUUCCCAUAUCCCCCCACAUGCAGCGCCUCCCCCACUGUCCACACCCCACAGAGGGACGUUGGUUACAGCUAAGGCCCUGCACCCACAGGGCAUCGUCUCCCAGAGCCCACAGCUUGCAGUGGGGUCGCGGGGCGCCGUGCAUUCUGAGGUUUCGACAAAUGUGAAAUGACACGUACCCACCAUUACAAUCACACAUAGUAGCUCCUCCGGAGUCGCGGGUGUUGGAGGUCCCGCUGGGAACACCUUCUCGCCCCUUGGGGCGCGGCAGAGGCGCGGCUGCGGACAGGUUUGGGCGUGUCCCGCUGGGGGGCGGAGCCGGGCCUCCUAAAUUCCGCGGCUCAGAGGGGGCGGCGGGGGCCAUGCGGGCGAGGGGCUCGCGGGUGGCCCUGUGCGGCCUGACGCUGCUGUGCGCGCUCGGCCUGGGCCACCGCGCCGCCGGGGGUCCCAGCUGCGGGCCCGGCCGCCAUCUGCGUGGGACGGGGACCGACGCGCGCUGCUGCCGCUCCUGCGCCCCGGGCGAGGUCUGUCCUGAGCAGAACUGCACGUGUGUCCAGCCUGAGUUCCACUGUGCCGACCCGCGGUGCACAAGCUGCCAGCACCACCCAUGCCCGCCAGGCCAGGAGGCACAGCCCCACGGGAGUUUUCGUUUUGGCUUCACAUGUGUGGACUGUGCUGCAGGGACCUUCUCUGGGGGUCGCGAGGGCCGCUGCAAACCGUGGGCAGACUGCUCCCAGUUUGGGUUUCCCACCACAUUCCCCGGGAACAAGACGCACAAUGCCGUGUGCAGCCCAUGGCCGCUGCCCACUGAACCACACGACCUGCUGACUGUCGUCCUCCUUGUGGUGGCCACUUGCAUCCUGAUCCUGACUGUGGCCCAGGUUGGCCUGCACGUCUGGCAGCUGAAGAGGCAGCGAGGAUGCCCCACAGAGACCCAGCUGCUCCUGGAGGCACCACCACCAGCUGAGGAUGCCUGCAGCUGCCAGUUCCCUGAGGAGGAGCGGGGGGAGCAGCUGUCAGAGGACAAGGGCCAACUGGGGGACCUGUGGGUGUGAGGCCUGGCCAUCCUCCGUCAGUGGACCCCGAGCCAGACCCUCCCAGGAGCCCUCCCAGGGCUGGCCCUCAGGAGCAAGGACUCUGUGCCCUGCUUCGGGCCCGGCCCUGCUCCCCACGAUGGUGGAAGUGGGUGGGGUGGUGACUAGGACUAGUCCCCCGGACCAUGCAGAAGAGGCAGCAGCAGUGACCGGACACCAUGGGCGACACAGACAUAUCGGUGGCUGCCUCUGUCCCUUGGCAGCCCUGCUGGGGUGGGGUCUGUGGGCCCCUGUUCUCAGGAUGGGAGGCCGUGCCCAGCACAGGAGCUGGCUGCAGGCGGCACUCAAUAAACACUGUUCAGUGAUCUGA